AUGCCGGUCCGCCGCCGUCAGGUCCAGGACGACGACGUCCGGUCCCCGUCGGGGGCUCCUGCGACGAAACCCGUGGAGGAAACCAAGGAUGAAAAGCCUGUGAAGGUGUACAGCAAAAAACCCAGCAAGCGUCGGUCCGGGUUCAUCUUCGUGCUGGGCGGCCUGUUCGGCAUCUUCAUCGCCCUGUUCUUCGCCAACCAGCAGGAUGUCAUCCGGCUGGACUCGUGGAUGGACUUUAAUAUAGACACCCUCAUGGAUGUCAUUCCGCAGGGAAUGCUCAAGGAUGCGAAGGAAUUCUCCCAACAUGAACGCGACACCGUUAGCUACGAUUCGUUCGCCGUCGGCCUCCAGCUGCAGUCGCAGGGUGUCGAGGCCAAACACCCCAUCGUCAUGAUCCCCGGCGUGAUCUCGACCGGGCUCGAGAGCUGGGGCACCGGCACGGCGUCGCGGCAGUACUUCCGGCGCCGGCUCUGGGGCAGCUGGAGCAUGAUGCGGGCGCUGGUCAUGGACAAGGCCGAGUGGAAGAACCACAUCAUGCUGGACAAGACCACGGGGCUGGAUCCGCCGGGCAUCAAGCUGCGCGCGGCGCAGGGCUUCGACGCCACCGACUUCUUCAUCACGGGCUACUGGAUCUGGAACAAGAUCCUCGAGAACCUCGCGACGAUCGGCUACGACCCCACCAACGCCUUCACGGCCGCGUACGACUGGCGCCUGUCGUACCCCAAUCUCGAGGUGCGCGACCAGUACUUCAGCCGGCUGAAGUCGUACAUCGAGACGGCGGUGGAGGUGCGCGGCGAGAAGGUGGUGCUCGCCUCGCACAGUAUGGGCUCGCAGGUCGUGCUCUACUUCUUCAAGUGGGUCGAGAGCCCGGAUCACGGCGGCGGCGGCAGCGACUGGGUCAACCGGCACGUCGCGUCGUGGAUCAACAUCAGCGGCUGCAUGCUGGGCGCCGUCAAGGGGCUGACGGCCGUGCUGUCGGGCGAGAUGCGCGACACGGCGCAGCUCAAUGCCUUCGCCGUCUACGGGCUCGAGAAGUUCCUGUCCAAGGAGGAGCGCGCCGAGAUCUUCCGCGCCAUGCCUGGCAUCUCCAGCAUGCUGCCCAAGGGCGGCGAGGCCGUCUGGGGUAACGCCACCUGGGCCCCCGACGACCAGCCCGGCCAGACCAUGACCUUUGGCAACAUCCUCAACUUCCGCGAGUCCAACUCCUCCCUCACCCGCAAGAACCUCACCACCUCCGAAAGCCUGGCCUACCUGCUCGACGUCAGCGACGACUGGUACCGCCGCCAGCUGCUGUCCAGCUACUCGCACGGCGUCGCCCACACCACCAAGGAGGUCGAGGCCAACGAGAAGGACCCGCGCACCUGGCUCAACCCGCUCGAGGCCCGCCUCCCCAAGGCCCCGGACAUGAAGAUCUACUGCUUCUACGGUGUCGGCAAACCCACCGAGCGCUCCUACUUCUACCAGGAGGAGCGCGACCCGCUCGUCAACCUCAACGUCAGCAUCGACACCACCGUCACCAACGGCGACGGCGUCGACCACGGCGUCGUCAUGGGCGAGGGCGACGGCACUGUCAAUCUCCUGAGCACGGGCUACAUGUGCGCCAGGGGCUGGCACAUCAAGCGCUACAAUCCCGCCGGCGUGAAAGUCAAGGUGUUUGAGAUGCCGCAUGAGCCUGAUCGGUUCUCGCCGCGCGGCGGGCCCAACACAGGCGACCACGUCGACAUUCUUGGUCGGGCGUCUCUCAACGAGUUGAUCCUCCGCGUUGCCGGCGGCCACGGCGACGAGAUCGAAGAGACCUUUGUCUCGCGCAUUCGGGAAUACGCGGAUCGUGUCCAGAUUUAUGAAGAGUAA